CAUCCUCGCUAUCAUCACUAGACAGAAUCUCCUCUUCUCCAGUAACAUUUUGACAGUUCUUGCACCCACAUAACUCUGUACAUUUAAGGUUGGAAGAUUUACAUGAACAUCGUUUAGUGUCACAUUGUCCAGUUUUGCACUUACAGCUAAUAAGUUUAAGCACCUCUUUAGGAGCAGGAUCAUUGGUCAUCCAAUUGAUGGACAGCUGUUUUUCGUGGAUGUUCCAACCAUGGCCAUCUGGUGACGGUGCAGAUAUGACUGGCUGCAGAGCACGACCAUGAAUGGCAGCUUGAUAGUUAGCCCUUAUUGUGUGCAACUUAAGAGCAUCGGAGGUAGGUGGUAGACUUUGCUCAGUUGACUUCCCGCUGACUCGAAAUACACAGUACCUGGCUUCAUUCACACUUUCCACAUUCUGUCCAUAAAGUUUACACACAAAUCUUUCUAAAGUGGUCAGUGUGUUGUCAUCCAUAUCAAAGCUGUUUCCGAGGUCACAAAAGGCUUUGAUAAACUCUGUGUCACUGAUGGCAAUCUUGAAUGUUUUUCCCUUACCCUUUCCAUAGAAGGAGCUGACAGAAUCACAACCGGUGAAGACAUGGAGACCAAUUAGAGACUGGCAUUCUUCUAAGGACAAAGUGUUGGCAAUCCUUUUGAGAUCUAUCAUCCUUAGUUUGUUUUUGGUCCCAGUGAGGAAGUAAAGACUAGCUUGCAUCGAGGUACUAUGUGAUAAGGCCAUUACUGCAACAUCAGUAUCAGGACUCUUUAUCACAAUAUGGUUAUGUGAACAAGAGGCAUGCUUAGAUCUAUAUCACAUAUUAGUAAGCAAAAUAUGUGGACCAUUUUGGCCACACAAAUGAUUUCAUUAGAGUCAUUUAGGUUCAAUGCUGAAUUUCUCAUUGAUACAUAUCUCACUGAACUUUCAUCUUGACUUUUUGUAAGAAAGCGAAUGUAAGACUGAUAGCAGCUAUGAUGGUACCUGGCCUCAACUGCAACACAGUCUUUAUCCCGUAUAUGCAUUAGAAUAGACUCGUCGUGUUUCAGUUCUGCUGCAUCACGAAGUCGUCCUGAAUUUGCAGUUUCUGCUUUAGCUAACUUGUCCUUUACUCUUUUCCCCUGUUUUGUGAUGAAAUUAUUCUUCCUCUUGCAAAUCAAACAGAUUUCGGGAAGAAUUGCAGACGAACCAUGUACCCGUAUGUCACCUUUGGAACGCAAUCUUUUAGGAGAUGGACCAGCACUAUCUGCUACUAGCUGAUUCUUGUGUUUGUUGCUGUCUUUUCUUGGCGUAGAACAUUUGCCGAUUGUCUGUAAACCGUUUGUAACAGGAGGGAUGAUAGUAGGGCAGCUUUUCCAGUUCAUUGUAUUCCUUAUCCAACGUGUGUACGAUCGACAACACGGCAUUGCACUCUCUCCCUUUCAGCGAUAUCCACUCUUUUGCGAUCUUUCUGAAGGUGUCCCAUCUUGCUCGAGUUAUAACGCAGGUAUUUUCGAUACAAUUAUCUAAUAUGUGCAUGCAGCAAACAGGAUUUUCGUCUUUAUCAUGCGAUCCACGCUGCUGCUUACAGGGCGCAGCCAUCUUUGUUUACAUGCCAGCCUUCUCACUGACGUCGUGGCGUAGUAAUCGCCAUGCGCUGAUUGGUCAGAACUAUAUCCGGGAUGUGAACAGUUCACAUCAUUUGCAUAUGGCGGACGGAAAGUUAGUGCAAACUUCACGCUUGAAUUGUUAAAAUACUGCUGGAUUUCUGCGUGUGGAAACUGAAUGUAAGCUUGCUGGUAUGAUAAACUUUAAGACAAUAUAAACAGAUUUUAUUACCCAUAAUACUGGAACGGGAUGACAUGAAAGAAUAGCUAGCCUAUGGCCUAUUGCCCCAUCGAAGAUGGUGGCGACGUUGAUGUACGAUUAUCUAUGUAUGUACGUCUAUGUAUGUCGAUGGUCACCUACACCACACCGGAAAAAAAUCUAUAAAUGAUGUAAAUCAACAACAUUUAUAUAAAACGAAGUCAAGCAAAGUUAUUACCCCCCUGUUAUUUGCAUUGUUAAGUACCCACGAGAUGGUUGCGUUUAAUUAAGUAACUACGGUUAUGUUUAAUUACCUGGGAAACCGAUAAAAAGACAUUCAAACCGAGGCGAAGGGAUAAAAAAUAACUAUGGUGAAUAAAUAAACCAUAAAAAACUAACUUCGAUUUAAUGUUGGCAAUGGCAUCAGAUUCAAACAGGUAGUUUUCUGUAGCUACAAAUAAACUAUCUUCCGGGGGAACAGGAAACAGCACAGCAGCUACUCCCGGUUUCUCCGCCCCCAUUCUGCUCUCACUCAGCUGUUUGCAAACACAACGGUACCCUGCGGCCCCGUAGCUCCUCCAAGAUGGGGAAAAACGACGAUAGCGACAUCAUAGAGCACCACGUCGAAGAGGAGAUGGAAAAAAAAUGCGCCAGAAGCCAUGCAGCCUCCUCCUCGUACUUCGAGAGUGUUACUCCGUCCGAAAGAGAAGGCCAAAGCAACACCCAGUCCUCCCAUAGACUGCUGGCCUAUAGUGAUGCUCUCAUCUCCAUCAUUGCUACAGUUAUGAUUUUGCCUGUCGCUCACACUAAAGUUAAGGACAAUGAGGAGUUGAAGGAGAGUGUUCAGAUUUUGCUGACAACAAAGAUAGCUGUUUACUUGAUGACCUUCCUCAUUGUUUCUGUUGCAUGGGGGGCUCACAUCAGGUUAUUUCAAGUCAUUGUGCACAUUGAUGAUUGCCUUGCACUGCUAAACCUUGCCUGCAUGAUGUUGAUAACCUUUCUGCCAUACACAUUUUCUUUAAUGGCCACUUUCCCAGAGCACAUCCUUGGGAUUCUUCUUUUCUGUGGUUGUGUGAUGGUGAUCGGAGUCAUCCAGUCAGUGGUUGUGUUAUACGCAUUCAGCCGCCCCUUCCUGCUGAGUGAACAGAUUCAGAUCUCAGAGAACCAGACUUUCUAUAAACAACACAUCCUAAAAGUCAUCAUGAGGGUUCCUAUCAUGUGCUUUUUGGCCAGCAUCUUCUCAUUCAUCUUCUUCCAGCUGUCUUAUGUGUUGCUGGCAAUCGUCAUCUUCCUGCCAUAUGUCUCCCAGGGGUUAAAGUGGUGUCGCAGCAAAGCAGUGGGUCAGGUGGAGGAGACUCCAGACUCCAUGAUGUUUUACACUUACCUGCCAAAUCAGCCCCUCAGCAAAGAGAGAGUGGAGGCUUUCAGUGAUGGGGUCUAUGCCAUAGUUGCAACACUUCUUAUCCUGGACAUAUGUGAGGACAAUGUUCCCGACCCAACGGUUGUGCAGAGGCAGUAUGGCGGCAGCCUGAUAGCGGCUCUGCAGGACUACGGCCCAGAAUACCUUGCCUACUUUGGUUCAUUUGCCACCGUGGGUCUCCUUUGGUUUGUCCACCAUUCACUUUUUCUCCAUGUCACCAAGGCAACACGCUUCAUGGGUUUGCUGAACACCUUCUCUUUGGCAUUUGUCGGAGGUUUACCUUUAGCCUAUCAGCUAACUCAAGAGUUCCCUCGCAACUCUCGCAACGAGCUGGAGGCCAUUCAGAUUAGCUGUGUGAUCAUUUUCUUUGCCGGCAUAUUUCAGCUCGCCAUUUGGGUGGUUGCACUUCACAGUGAGCGGGAGACUCUUCACCCGUAUGUUUGGUACGGUGGACGCGAGCAUGUCUUCAUGCUUGCUAAACUUGCUCUGUACCCCUGCGUUGCUUUGGGGACAUUUUUCCUAACAUGCUGUUUGAGUCAAUUUAGUGCAUCCAUAUUCCACCUCAUGGAGAUUACGGUGCCUUUUGCUUUUCUCGUGCUGAGGAUCUUAGUGCGUAUCGGAUUGGCGCUGCUACGGCUACUUUUCUGUCCAGACCAGCCUGAUCUCAGAACCGUUGUGGAGGAGGAAGUGGAUGAAAUGAGGGCACCAUUUAACGCUCUUGUUACCUAGCUGAAGUGAAGUCACCUGAUGGAGGAGUGGGGAAUUGAAACCUAUAGGCAUGGCUAUUCCAAGAGCCGCUGCGUAGAUUUGACCUUUCAUCGGGAGCCUCGUGGGGGCUGCAAUUAAGAACCUAAUAUUCAUCCAUUACACUUGUUGAAAUCUUGAUAGAGAAUUGGCCAAGUUUAGAUUAAAUAAAUAAUUCAUAUUGAAGGAUAAAUACAGACGUUGUCCAGGUAAAACAAUCUGAACAAUCGUCACGGUGACAAACAUAGCCAUUAGCUGUAUCUGAUGGUGGCUCAAUGACCAGAUUUAUAGUCUGAUCAGUUUGAACAAGCUUUUAUUGAGAUGUGAGGCAUCAUGUUAAAUCAAAUCUGUUUUGUUUUCGAACAGUGCAAUCCAUCCAAGACCAUGAUAAAUUCUGUAGUUAUUAAGGGUGGGUUUUCUUAGCGUGCUCAUACACAGGUAAGUAGACAUCAAGUAUUUUGUCCUAAAUGUGUGCAGAGGGGGAAUUUGUUUUCUCUGUUCAAUGCCGAUAAAAAUGUUGGAAGUUGCAUCUGCUUGGAAAAAAUGCUUUAGCACUUUAAACCCUGAACAGGUGAUGGCCAGAAAAUCAUAAAAUGCACUAGUGUGGGAUGCACUGUAUGUGUAACACCCACAAGAAUGAUGUGUGUUUAAAUUCCAAAGGUCAAACAGCUAACAAGUAAGAAGGAAGGACUCAAUAAAUCAAUCCAAUAUUAAAUCAAGUGUUUGAAUCUGAAAUGUUUACUGACACGGAAAUGCUCAGGUUCGGAGGGUAUGAGUAGGUUUAGUAUCUAAGGUGAAUGUUAAAUGCUUCCCUGUCAUUUUCAGGACAAGUCUCUGUACCCUUCCAUUUUCUCUCCUGUAAAGCACGUUUUACAGCUGAUACGCCAUUGCUUGUAAACCUGAAUAAAUCUACAUUUUCUGUAUCAAGAGUAUGUACAUUUUUAGGAGAUUUCCUAAUUUCUGACAUUCAUUCAUUUUUGUGACUCACACAUGUUCAUCCCUGUUUUGGCCUAUCUCUUUUUUUUUUAAGCGGUUGCUGCUAUCAAACCAAAAGCAUGAGUGUCUUUUAAAAGAAAAAAAAUAGUUGCUAUGUUUUCUUGUACUGUUCAUUAAUCAGAUGUCACAUGUAUUGGAAACCCCAGAACAGAUUCUGUCCACUGGGUGGAUUUUUCAUAGAAUAUAGCAUGUUUCUCCCAAAGAAGUUCUUUUUAUGUGAAGCAUCCCCACAGCAUUGAGGGCACUGUCAUCCUGAUGUGCUGCAAUUUACCUAUUUCUCUUGUUUCAACACUGACUCAAAGGGAGUAAAAUCUGAGAUGCACUUUAAUUGAAACUUGACAGGGGAUGGUGGAAGGUUAGGAAAGCAUUUUAUUAUUAUUAUUUUAGAUUUUCAAGAUAAGGAUUAAAAGAUAACCCUAACUGGAAUAGAAUAUCUAUUUUUUAUUUUGGUUUUCUCUGUUUAGUUUAGGGCAGUGUUCUACUUGAUUUGAAUUUUCAUCGGCAUUCGUAAUCAUUAUUUUGAAAAAAAGGGAAUACUCUGUGUAAAUGACUGAUUUUCUUUCAUUACCUGAACUUGUAUGUGUGCUCAUAGAACUGUAUCUUAGUGGACUACCAAAAGUGUCAGUGUCUGAAUUUUUUUAAAUGUUAAAAACCUUUGUGUGUGAAUAAACCUGAAUCUGGAGUGGAUCUUUAAAAAAAA